UCGCCAUGGUGCCAAGUGAGGCUACAGCUAUACGCUACGAGUUUAACUUUCCGUUCUGCGGAAAAACCGGCAUGACCAGCAAAGAAAUGUGUUUACUCCUCGGAGCGACCGGUGUUGGAAAGACGUUGUUGCUAAAACGUCUACAAAAGUUUAUCGUACAUGGUUUAGAUGAAUUAGGGACACCACCUUCAACUCUUCCCACAGUAGGAACCAAUCUGACAGAUCUAACCGUAAAGAAGAAGAAGGUGACUGUGAGAGAGCUGGGAGGCUGCAUGGGCCCUAUAUGGCCCAGUUACUUCAAAGACUGCUCCUCUGUCAUUUUCAUGGUGGAUUCGGCCAACAUUGCUCAGAUAUCCUCCUCCUGUAUCCAGUUGCUGUCAGUACUCUCAGCUGAGCCUCUGAGCAAGGCCUCUGUGCUUAUUCUCUUCAACAAGAGGGACAUGCCUUGCACUAUGAGCCUUAUAGAGAUAAAGUCACUGUUCAGGAUGGAUGACAUUGUUGCAUCUGCAACUCAGCCAAUCACAACACUGGAAGUCAGUGCCAGAUCUGGAGAGGGACUUAAAGAGGUGAUGAGCUGGCUGGAGUCCGUCACAGUCAAGUGACAUACGCUUACUGAUUACUUCAUUAGGUACACAAUUACUCUUUCAUGCAAAUAUCUAAUCAGCUAAUAACAUGGCAGUAACUGAAUUAGUUUAAGCAUUGAAACAUGGUAAAGAUGAUCUGCUGAACCGAGUUCUCUGGGUUCUCUGGCCUUGUUGUUGUAGAUGGCCAGAGGAAAAGGAGACCAGAGGGGCUAAGAACAGGAAACAGGCUAUAGUUUGCACAGGCUAACCAAAGUUAGACAUCAAAGAAUUGAAAAAUGUUGCCUGGUCCAGUGAGUGUCAGUUUCUCCUGGGAAUUUGGAUGGUAUUGUUACAAUUUGGCAUAAAUAAAAUGAAAGUAUAGAUCCACCCUGCCUUAUAUCAGAGGAUCAGGCUGGUAGUGGUGUAAUGGUGUGCCGGAUAUUUUCUUGGUACCCUGCACCCAGCAGGAUAACGCAGUAUGUCACAAAGCUCCAGUCAUGAACUUGACAAUCAGUUCACUGUACUCAAAUGGCCUCAAGAGUCACCAGAUCUCAAUCCAGUGGAGCACCUUCAAAGUCUGGUGCAAACUCACACCAUGGUUGUGCAUAUGACAGAUCUGCAGCAAAUACAUAAGACUGUCAAGUCAGUGUGGACCAAAAUCCAAGGAAUGUUUCUAGCACCUAAUAAAGUGGCCAGUGACUGUGUGUGCGUGUGUGUGUGUGUGCGUGUGUGUGCGUGCAUGCGUGACAGUCUCUGUAUUUUUAUCUUAUAAUAGUGAUACUGUUUAUACAAAAAAUGUUCUGCCUUUUGGUCUUUAUCAGUUUAUAUGCUACUCUGUUGAGUUUUCAUGGUGUGUUUCUCGUGUAAGAGUGUUUAUCUUUGGUAGCACAAAGACAUAACUGUACAUUAGGCAGAGUGAAGAGGACGAAGUGAUAGUAUAACAGGAUCAAAUGAUUGUCUCAUUUGUAAAGGUCUUACUUUCAUGCAUUUGUUAUUUGACGCAGAGUGGAAAUCUGGGGUAUUCCUGAUUGAUACUGUCACUUAUAAGAGUUCCUGUUUUCUGUUAUGGCUGUUUUCCAUGGCUGUAAAUCACAUGAAGUCUGUCUGAAAUUUAAAAAAAGCUCUUUCACUUCAGAUUUAAUAUAAAAAAAAUGAGUAACAACUCUUAUAGAACUUUAUGAAGAUUUUACAGAAUAUUUUCUUAUGUAAGGCAUUCAGUAUUUACCUUUGUAUAUGUUUUUUUCUUAAUGAAAUUUGGAUUUUGUGUAUGAACUUUGUUUUCAGUGUAUGUGGAUGUUAUGUUGUUGUUAUGUUUUAAUUGAGAGGAGCAGUUUUUUGUGUUUCUUUUUUGGCUUAUUGUCACUUUUUUCUGUUUAUUCUGGUAGUGGUGUAAUGUAAGAACAGGUAAUGUUGCUGACUUCACUACCAGCAGGGGGCGCAAACUGCUUAUGAGACAGUGAUACUGAGUGUGUUCCUGAGUCGUCAUGAUUUCAUGUGACAUGUAUUGAUACCAAGGGAAAUGAGUAAAUGCAAGUGAAUAAACCCAUGUGAAGAACUGAGCAGUGUUGUAAAUACACUCCUAUAUUUGGUGAAGUCAGUGGUUUGCAAGCAAUGAAUAAACUCAUAUUCAUACAUUU